GGCGCGCGGUCACCUGACGCCGUGGCCGCGCCGCCGCCAUUUUGUCUGGGAGUGGAAAUGUGAAAGGAAAAGCCGGAGCGGCGCCCAGGGGACGGAGGCAGAGCGGGGCCGGCCGAGCGGCGGCCGCCUUCCUCCGAGCCGAGCCGGCGGGGCGGGAGCCGCCUCGCCGCCAGGGAGCGGCGCGGAGGGCGCCGGGGACGAGCCCCGCGGCGGGGGCGAGCGGAGCCGGGCUGAGGCGGCGCCCGCUGCCGGUGCCGCCGGGGGGGCCGGCGGGGCGCUGCGGGCUCCCUCCUCGGCGGGAGGGCGGCGGGGGCUCCGCUGGGCUCGCGGGGCAGCGGCCGCCGGCGCCCCGGCCUUGCCGCGGAGCGGGAGCGGGAGGCGGCGGGCGGGUAGGCAGCGCCGCGGGGGCGGAAGAUGUCGGGGCAGUCCAUCACCGACCGCAUCACGGCGGCGCAGCACAGUGUCACCGGCUCGGCCGUCGCCAAGGCCGUCUGCAAGGCCACGACCCACGAGGUGAUGGGCCCCAAGAAGAAGCACCUGGACUAUCUGAUACAGUGCACAAAUGAAAUGAAUGUGAAUAUUCCACAGUUGGCAGACACACUUUUUGAGAGAACUGCAAACAGUAGCUGGGUUGUAGUGUUCAAAGCUCUAAUUACAACACACCACCUCAUGAUGUAUGGAAAUGAGCGCUUUAUCCAGUAUCUUGCAUCCCGAAACACAUUGUUCAAUCUUAAUAACUACCUGGACAAAAGUGCCAUGCAGGGCUAUGAUAUGUCUACCUUCAUCAGGCGGUAUAGCAGAUACUUGAAUGAAAAAGCACUUUCAUAUAGACUUGUAGCAGUAGACUUCACCAAAAUGAAAAGAGGGAUAGAUGGAGUGAUGAGAACCAUGAAUGCUGAAAAGCUUGUGAAAACCCUUCCAAUCAUACAGAAUCAGCUUGAUGCACUCCUUGAUUUUGAUGCAAAUCCAAAUGAACUAACAAACGGUGUUAUAAAUGCUGCCUUUAUGCUCCUCUUUAAAGAUUCCAUUAGACUUUUUGCAGCAUACAAUGAGGGGAUUAUUAAUCUUUUAGAAAAAUAUUUUGAUAUGAAGAAGAACCAGUGCAAAGAAGGCUUGGAUAUUUACAAAAAAUUUCUAGCCAGAAUGACCAAAUUGUCAGAAUUCCUCAAAGUAGCAGAGCAAGUUGGAAUUGAUCAGGGUGACAUUCCAGAUCUUACUCAGGCACCCAGCAGCUUGCUUGAAGCAUUGGAACAGCAUUUGGCUUCUCUGGAAGGAAAGAAAACAAAAGAAGUCUCUGCUGCCAGCAGAGCUAGUGCCCUAUCCAGCGCUGUUUCCACACUUGCCAGCACAGGAAUGUCAUUUAGCAGGAUGGAUGAGAAAGAGAAGCAGCAGGCACUGGAGGAGGAACAAGCUAGACUGCAGGCACUUAAGGAGCAGCGAUUAAGAGAGAUUUCUGUGGUAUCAAAUUCCACUUCCACAUCAGCAUCUCCAAGCACCUUAUCAGGAAAAAGUGUGAAUACCACUGCAGCUGUUGACCUUUUUGCAGUACCAGCACCCACAACAAACAGCAUGCCCAACCUUUCAAGUGAUCUUUUUGAUCUUCAGCCUGCAUUUGUUCCAACUGUGCAGAGUACUCCAGCUAUAGCAACAUCAGCAAGCAGUGCAUGGGGAGGUCCUUUCUCAUCCUCAAAUGGUUGUGUUGGUUCUCCACCUCAUCUGGACAUCUUUGACAUGAAGCCCGUUGAAGAAGCUGUAAAAUCUACCACCCCUUUCAUCAGUUCUACCUUUUCCUCCAAACAAACAGUGGAACUGUUUAGUGAUGACUUUAGUGGUCAUAAACCUGCAUAUACCUCUGUGUAUCAUCCUCUGACUGUUGAUGGGUUUCCUCUUCAUUCGGCUCCUCCAAGUACCACCUCUUCAGCAAUUAAUGCAGACUUUGAUGCUGUUUUUGGAGGAAAAUCUACUGCACCAGAGUACAGGACUACUAAUGCUUUUAUUCUUCUAGAUGACGUACUGCAACCCACAGUACCACCACAAAGUCAAAGAACUGCUUUAGCCAAUCAGCAAAGUGGAAAAAUUUUGGCAAAUGAUCUCGAUUCUUCACUUGCUAAUCUUGUGGGAAAUCUCGGCUUUGGAGGAACUCCACCCAAAAAAUCAGACAUGCAGUGGACCCAGCCUACAGAGAAAAAACUUACUGGUGGAAUGAACUGGCAAGCGAAAACAAGCACAUCAACCACAUGGAACCCUACUCCCUUACCCCCUAUUCCACAUAUGGUACCUGCUCCUAUUGCAUACCCAGUGACCACACCUCAAGUGCCUGUAUAUGGAAUGGUACCUCCUCAGAUUGGAGCUGCUCCUUUGAUGGCACCGCAGUCAAUGAUGUAUACGCAGCCUGGUCUAAGGCCAACAAACCCCUUUGCACCUGUUUCUGGAACUCAGAUACAGUUCAUGUAAAGCCGCCAAAGCAGGAAGAUGUGUGAGCAACCAAAUACUGGUAAAAAGAAAAGACUGAAUUUCAUUCUUCCCAUGAUGUAUUCUUGAACAGGGCAACUGUUUCUCCCCUGUAUAAUGUAAUAUUAAUUUGAAUUGCAAUGCUUUAGAGAUUCUUGUUUAUAACAGUCAUUGUGGUAUGAAAUCAUGUUUGUUCACUGGUUUUUUAGACUGUUCAAUAGGAAACUGUAAUCUUUGAGGUCAACUCAGCUUUGAAGAUGAGAAUCCAACUUGCACCUUCUGAGAAGAGGGUUAUGUGAUUGCUUUGCAAUCUUAUUCAUCAGUGGAUUGCCUGUAGGAAGUUAACUGAGAAUGUCAUAAAUCCUAUUUAUUUUCUCCAUAAAUUCUGUGGCUGUUUUAACCAAGACACAACUCAAAUGAAGUUGAGCAAUAAAAAUUUCAUAUGCUCUAAUAAAUACUCUGAUAGAGUAAUGCUUGCAUUAUCAUAAGGCCGAUAUUGUAUGAAAUCAGACAGCUUUUUCACAUUAGUAUAGCUUAUAAUAAUUCAUAAACUCUAUAAUGUGAGUUUUAAAUGCUGUGAAUCAACAAGAAAUAUAUAUGUAUAUUUUAUAUAUAUAAUGAAAAUAAUAAAUUGCUCCAUUGGCAUAAUGUCAGUGUUACAUGGCUAGUUGAAAGGGCCAGGCUCUGACAUGGGCGAAAGGUCUUGUCUCAGAGUAGGGAAAGAAGCAUGUAGCUUUUGUUACAGUGAAAGCGUGUACCCCAACAGCAGCAAAUUGGAGCAAUUGGGAAAUCUUGUUGCUAACUGCAAAAGAGGUAAGAGAUGUAACUUUAUUUUUAAAAUUCAGUUCCUUAGUUCAAAAAAAGCAAACCUUGCAAUAGUGCUGACACUUCAGAAGUGGUAACUAUAUUAAAAUUGUCCCAGCCAUAGAGAACAGCUUGUGCUGCUUUUCUGAAACAAGAACCUACUUGCAAACCAUACAAAAAUAAUUAUUUUAAGUGUGUAAAUAUGUGCAAACCUUUAAAUAACAUUUUCUUUAAUGCUGCAGUAAUUUUUCUUUCUUCUGUAGUAUUUUUGAGAUGAUAAUGCUGUAAGAAGAAAUACAGACUUUUUUUGAGAGGAAAAUCUUGUGAAUCAACUAAUCUACGAAGUAUGCUAUUGCUGAUGGGUUAGAUACACAGGCUUUUGAUGCAUCUUUCAUAUUUAACAAUCUUCUUUUGAAAUUUAGGUUGGCUAUGAAAAUGCCUUAUCUUGUAUCUUUAAACACCCAAUAAAAUGUGAUAGCACUUAAAAAAAAAAAAAAUUAAAGAGUAAAUGGAAUCAGAAACAGUAAAUGGAAUCAGAAACAACCCUUUCUCCAGAAGUUUGGUGGCAGAAUACAAUGAAAAGCUCAACUGUGAUGUGGCUUCUACUGAUGAUUAAUAUUAAAGUUGGGUUUUUCAAAACCGGACAGCUUCUACUGUUAUGGACCUCCAGAUUAGUAUGGUUUUUAUCUCUUGGAGAUGCUAUAUUUGCAAAAGUAUUUCUGAAUCUUAUUAUAAAUGCAAAUAGGCCUGAAAAUCUUGUCAAAUUGUCCUAUAGAGAACUUCCAAAAUACAGUGGAAACAAGCCUCUUGUUUUCCAAAUGCUUAAAUUUUGUCCAAAGAGUACAGAAGAAGUAUUUCUUAAUAAUACUACGGAAAUACUUAUGUCAAGCAAAGCAGUUAAACCCCAACCCUUGGAAUUGAUAACCACUAACCUUUUGGGAAAUUUAACCUUGCAGAAAUUUUAAAGUCUGAGACUCUGAAUGUGUAGUGAUGAAGAAUUGGAUUGAUAUGCAGCAAGGUAACAUUGAAAUUUGAAUUAUAAAGGGCUUCAAGCUCUAAUCCACCUUUCCUGGGUUGAACAAUUGUACGAUUUUAAGCCAAUGAAUUCUCCGGUGCCUGUAGCUACCAUCUUUGUGUUGAGGGAAUAGAUUCCAUUUGGAAUGGGUCAUUGUUCCUCUGUGUGUGCGUGGGGUGGGGGAAGAGGAGUUGUUUACUUAAGAAAUAGUUAAUUUUAUUGAUUUAUUCUGCAUUGAAGUCUUGAAUUCAAAUUAGAUUGUACGAGAAGGAAUGAAUAUCGGAGCAUUAAUGUCAUAGCUGAGAGUGCUACAACCAGGCAGUGUCUGACACAAUGAACUGUUAGUUUUUUUCCAUACUGGGUUGUAUAAGCCAUGAUCAGUUAUUUUUAAUAAAAUAAGCAAACAAGUACCUGGCAAGCAGUAUAUAUUCAUUACAACUUUUUUUGCAGUGCAUUCUGAAGAUUUGGAAUGUACGUACUUCACUCAGAAAUGGAUUUAGAACCAAGUACUGUUUGCACUACUUCUAAUUUGCUCUGGAUUUUUUUAAAAUAGUUCUUUGGUAUGCUUUCUUGUAGCAAAGCUGUCUGAUACCAGUUUAUUUAGCAUUAAAAAAGGAGAAACAGCCACGAGGUACAUCCUAAAGAUCUUAUAAACUGUCUUAUCUGUAGUCUCAUUCAGAAUGUUUGACACGUUGAAACACAGCUCUUACAGAUUUAUCCUUUUGAAGAAAAGAUUGCUUAACACACUUCUGUCCUCAUGGAAUUGUACAGGACUGCUUUUUAUCAAGCUCUUCCUUGUGGACAUAUUGGAAUGCACAAAAUGGACAAGUAUUAUGUUUUAAGUAACAAAGUUUAUAUGCUUAGAAGUAAAUGCAAGGACUUAGGAUGCUGUCAAGGCUCUUAUGGCUCAGAAUUUGUUCUCCCAAAAAACCACAUUGUAGACAAAGGUUGUUCUGGAGGGUACCUGUAAUAACCCAUAACAGUUGCGAAUAGUUGUGAAAGUGAAACAGGGAAGGUAUGUAUAUACAUGUGACUUUCCCUUUUGUUCACAAACUCCGUGGGUCGGGAUCCUGUUCUGAAUGCUUCAGAAAGCCAAUAACUGAGAUGGGAGCCCCUGUGUGCGUGAGCACGGAGGAGGGCGUGAAGAAUGCCGUGCGCUUGGCAGCAUUGUGCUUUAGUGGGUCAUUCAAGCCUAACCCAUGGGAUUUAACGCUGCUACAGGGGGCUGUCUCUCACGGGAUAUGCAACAAGAUAUAACCUUUGGGGGAAUUUGGGAAGGAUGGUUGUGUUUGGCCUGUUGGACUUGAAAGUGUACUUCUUUUUAAAUAACUGGGGUUUUCUAAUGUUCUUUAGAUAUAGUUUGACUUUGCCUCCAAGAAGUUACUGAAUUUAACUUUUUUAAUUUCAGACAAAUUAUGUACUAGAGAAAUCUCAGUUCUGUGCACAUAGUGGUGGAAUACUUGUAGGUAAAAAUAGCAAACGAACUUUUGUAAAACAUUGAAUAACUUCUGACUACAGGAUUGAAUACAGGUGUAUCCACAUCUGGGUUUUUGAUGUGUGGCAGGGAGGGUGGGGUUAUAAUUAGAAUAGUAUGCACUGUGGAUCGGUGCUUAAUUUGUACAUAAAAGGGAAAACUUUUGGGUAGUUUGUAUUGUAAGGACAACAUCUAAAGGCACUGUGUAUCAGUCAUUUAUUUCCAUUUUAAAGAUUAUAUUUUUGAGCAAUGGAAGCUGUACAUGUUACCAUUUAUACAUUUACUGGUAGCUAGGAAUAUAGAAAGACUAUGUUGCUAUUACUCUGGAGAUGUAUUUGAUCUGUCAUAAGUACAUUACUGCAUCACUGCUUUAUGCAGAUUCUCAUGAGCAUUUAUUUAAAGAGAUUGUAGUAACUGGCACAGUUACAACACAAACUGUAACAUCAGAUCUUUCAGUAUAUCUGAAAUGUGUGUAGCCUUGUGAUUAUGUUUAAUCUUUUACUGAAUGUUUUUGGCUGGAGUCUCAUCUUGGAGCAAUGACAAAAAUAGGUGCUGGAACAGAUUUCCCCCACCCCAACCCACACUUUAUUUAUUUAAUAGUUCUUGUUUUGUAUGUUACAUUUUUCCCCAUAACAGGUUUGUGCCUUUAUUGGAUAUUUAUUUAAAAGGAGCUGAUAAAACCUUAAAUUGUUCAAGCUGUUUUACAGGUGUAUUCUUGUGUGGUUGUUCCUUUACGUGAGCUCCUUCAUUUUAUAAGAAUACAGAAUGCAUGAAAAACCUACUAGCCACAAACUGAAAAAAAAUCAAGGGUUUACAUUCUAUGGGGAAAAAAAAAGCCUAAGCACAAGACUGGUUGUGUUGACAUUUUAACUUCAGUUUGUUAAUAUACAAAGUUUUUUUAAGGCUGUUGCUCAUAUUCAGUCAACUGAUGAAAGAGGUUUUGAAAAAUAAACUUUGGCACAUGA